UCCACCACAAUGUCUUCAUUCCUCCUACACCUUCCAAAAAAUGGCUUCCCUUUCUAUCAAACAAUCUCUACUAACCAUCCUUCUUGCCUGCAUUGUCUUUGCCACGGCUCCCGGGAAUGUGAUGGCUCAGUCUGUGGACAGCAUUGUCACACCCCAAUUCUUUGAUGGCAUCAAGAACAAUGCUCCCGCAACUUGCUCUGCCGAUGACAACAAGCUCGAGAUCGCUGCUUUCUUUGCCCAAGCCUCACAUGAGACUGGAUCUUUCUGUUACACUGAAGAGAUCGACAAGAGUAACACCUACUGCCAAUCAAGUACGGAAUAUCCAUGUGCUGCGGCCAAGUCCUACUAUGGACGAGGUCCACUCCAGCUAAGCUGGAACCUGAACCACGGAGCAGCCGGAAAGGCUUUGGGGCUAGAUUUGCUGAACAAUCCUGAAACUGUGUCCACUGACCCUGUUGUGUCAUUUAAGACUGCAUUAUGGUACUGGAUGACCGCAGUACGUCCUGUGGUGGGGCAAGGGUUUAGUGCAACGACUCGUGCUAUCAAUGGUCCAGUUGAAUGUGAUGGAAAACGACCUGAUCUGGCUCAGGCCAGGGCUAACCUCUACACCAGCUACUGUACCCAGCUUGGUGUUUCUCCUGGAACCAAUCUCCUAUGUUAGGCUAUCACAUACCAUUGUACCAGAAAAUGGGAAUACUAUUUUCUUGAAAUAAUGCUAGAGAGGCUUGUUGUGAGGCCUGAAAUAAAACGAGAUGUUUAAUUAUGAAAAACAUAUUUGAGAUUUCUAAUAAAAUGUUUCAUUAAUG